CGGAGAAUAUACAUAUCCGUAUUUUUAUUCUGAUGGCUAUCCAAUAAACAGUCAAUUAAAUGAUGCAUUUGCCUAUGAUGAAGAUCUUGAAGAAGAACUAAAUAAGGAAUUGCAUGAUUCUGAAGGUUCUGGUUCUUAUAAUCAACCUCAGGUGUAUCCAGACACCGCACUGACCAGCCUAUCUACUCUUUUGAGAAAGCAUCUAGACGACAGCGCCUCUGGUGGUGCAAUACCGAACUCCCAGCUUUUAUCGUCUCAAUUGGAUUCAGAACAACUGAUUUCAAAAUACCAGGCUCCGUUUGCUACUGAUUCAGAUACCUUGAACAUCAUUCUAACUCCGAACCCAAAAGACAAGAGCUCACCAAAUAUUGCAAUACUACCAACAUCAGAACUCCCAAGAAUAUCAGAUAAUAUUAGUUCUGAUAUUGGAGUGGACAUUGAAGCCAUUUUAAACUCUCUGGCCGGCUCAGCAGCUAAACUUAGAAAUCAGCCCAUGCUUGUUGAAGAAAACCACACCCAGCUAAUAAAAAAACCAGGUCUUCCAACAACUGUGAGAGUAAAGGAAACAUUAUCCGAGAUAAUGGGAGAGGAUUCCGAUCCAGUUGUCAAUGUAAUCAGUAACAGAGAGGAAGAAAAUUCAUUUUUGGAUCUUGAUUCAUUAAUUAGAGAGGUGACAGGAGAGAAGGAAAAGCUUAAGUUUGACAGCGGUAAAUCUAGCAGCAGUGUUGGUUUGGAAAACUUGAAAUUGAAUGUAACAACAAAAACUAAUAUUGUUAAUAUUUUCUCCUUCAACAUAUACCCAAGUCAGGCAGGGAAUACAUAUCAGGUUAAAGAGUAUUCACCUCAGGGGACUAGUGUAGAUACUGAUGCACAUGUUUUUAUUCAGAAUUCUGAUGAUCCUGUCUCGCAUAUAAUAUCAGAUUAUCAUUUUAAUUCACAAAUCAAACCAGAGGCAGAUAUCAGACCUCAGAGAGAUCAAAUUCUGGGAGCUGUUCUUCUCUCCCAGCUGGAAGGGGAAGGAUCAGAUAAGGUUAUUCAAGCACUUCACAAAUAUCCUAAUAUGAUGGCUGCUCUGAUGGCAGACAAACAGCAUCAGCGACAGAAGAUCAAAUAUCCAGGUGCUCCUCUUCAAUCAACAUUUUUAUCCCCUUCACCAGCCUCAAACUCUCAACCUUCAGCCUCGAACCUUCAACCUUCAGCCUCGGAUCAGAAACCUAAGCCUACCUUAACCCCGGCUUUAGAAAAGCUUGUUGAUGCACUGGAGAUCGAUAUAAAUACUGUUGAAGGAGUUGAAGAACUGAAAGUAUAUCUGACCCUUCUCGAGGAAAAUCCUCAAUAUGCAGCUGCAAUAAUAGAAGCUAAUGACGACAAAUCAACCAAUUUAAAAAGCUCUAUUGGCCCUCUUGGUUAUGCAUAUAGAAGUGAGGAUUCAACUUCCUUGGAAUCUCCGAGCUUAAAGGAAGCUCCGAACCCUGGUAAGGAGCUGCUUGCAACCCUAUCUGGGAGCGCUGGAGCAGCACUCAUGGCUGGAGCUGUCGCUUCAUAUCCAUACUGGCUUCCUCUUCUAGGAGGGAAGCGAAAAAAGCGUUUUGCAUACAGUUACAACGGGAUAGGUAGUCCAGAUAUACCUAGAGACUGGUUGGCAAUACUAACAGGCAGCAAAUACAAAACUUCAGAGGCGAGCAAAACCAAGGUUUACAGUUUUCAGAAUGAUAAAUUGCCUGAGCUAAUUCAACAAAAUGUAGAUACAGAUGUUUUGCUGAAACCAUCUCAAAGGAUAAGGAUAAAGAUAGACCAAGACAAAUUAAAACUGACAAACAGGAAAAUAUUUAAAUCAAUCUUCCAAUAA